AUGCCUGCUGCUCCUGUUGCGAACCUCGGGCUCAGGACACGUGCGACCCUUCCGCUCAGCAGCAAGAGGAACAUGGCUCCUCGUGCCAUGACCAGGGUCAACAUGCUCGGAAACCUCUUCGGAGGUGGAGCAGGUGGAGGCCCAGCUGGAGGAAAGGUGGUCUCUAAGUGCUUCUUUGAUAUCGAGAUCGGUGGCAAGCCUGCAGGGCAGAUCAAGAUCGGCUUGUACGACGAGGAUGUGCCCAAGACUGCUGAGAACUUCAAGAAGCUCUGCACGAAGGAGCUUGGCUUCGGAUAUGAGGGCAGCGACUUCCAUCGCGUGAUCGCAGAUUUUAUGCUGCAAGGAGGUGAUUUCACCCGCGGAGACGGCACAGGAGGCAAAUCGAUCUACGGAGAGAAGUUCGCCGACGAGAACUUCAAGUUUAGGCACGCCAAACCCGGCCAGCUCUCCAUGGCUAACGCGGGCCCCAACACCAACGGGUCUCAGUUCUUCAUCACGACUGUUCCCUGCCCAUGGCUUGACGGAAAGCACGUCAUCUUCGGCGAGGUGCUCGACGAGCAGUCGAUGAAGGUCGUCAAGUUGAUCGAGUCUCAGCCAACUGACAUGCGCGAUCGUCCCAAGGCUGGUGUCAAGAUCGUCAAGGCGGGGGUCUUGUAA